AUGGCGGCUCCUGCAAGCAAUAUAAAACCCGUCGUAGGGACUCUUGUUUUUGGCAAUGUUCUCAUUAAUAAGGGAGGAGCUUACAACGGAAAGACUGGUAUGUUUACCGCCCCCGUAAGUGGGACAUACUUCUUUAUGGUCACUAUUGGACUUCCAGCUCCUUCCACCUCCAAUGGCAGAGACUAUCUAAGAAUACAUAUUAUGAAAAACAGCAAAAUGUCCUCCUACUUGUUUAUCGGACCUGAAGGUUUAUGGAUCAAACGGUCAGAAAAUACCUUACUAGAGCUUUCUAAAGGGGACAGAGUAAAUCUGUUCAUCAAAACCACUGGGAGUGGGUUUCCCUACAUUGCUGGAAAAGAUCACUAUCCUGGUUCAACUUAUCACUCACACUUCUCGGGAUAUCUUAUAAAUUGA